GAAUGCUACUCAAAAACGAGAACAGAGUGAGCGAAAGCGUUGAGCGAGAUACGAAUUUGCAGCGGCCGAAACAGACAGUAAUUGCAUCUUUAAGAGAGACUUAGAUUUCCUAAACGAUUCAAUAAAUAUCGCAGGGCGCAGUUGCUUGUCACAAUGGCCCUUUAUACAGCGGAUGAUUUUGACGUUGAGGCUCUCCUGGAAGCUCCAUACAAAAAUAAUGAGACCUCCAUAGGCUUACUCCACAGCAAUGGGUCCAUGUUGACAGAGGAAGAGACGACCAACAACGGCUUGACCGAGAAGAAGGAACCCUCCGUGAAAAAGAAACAAAGAACCAGCCGAAGCCGCAGUCGCAGCCGAAGUCCAAAAAAGGAACGCAGCAGUAAGAAGAGCAGCAGCAGUAGCAGCAGACGCCGCAGUCGCACGCCUGAGAGGAAACGCCGUAGUCGCAGCAGGGACAGGGGGUCAUCCCGCGUUGACAGCUACAGAGAGAGGGAUCGUGACCGAGAACCAUACAGGGGACGAGGAAUUGGCAGAUAUGGAAACACUCGCGAUAGGAGGGGUAGGAGCAGGUCACCGCCCCCUGCAGGUCCACGCCGAAGGCGUAGCCGCAGCAGAGAGCGACACAGCAGCCCCAAUGAUCCCUUUCAUUGGAGAAGAAGUCGAUCCAAGAGCAGAGAACACCAUGGCAAGAGGCGGAGCUCAAGCCCAAGUAAGGACACUGAGCUUCCUGCAGAGACUAGGGAUGCCAGAACAGUGUUUGUCAUGCAGCUAUCACAACGAGUCAGGGCAAAAGACUUGGAAGAAUUCUUCUCGUCGGUUGGCAAGGUACGUGAUGUUAAGAUCAUCUCAGACCGUAACUCAAGGCGUUCUAAGGGUAUCGGCUACGUCGAGUUCAUGUCAGAUGAGUCCGUCCCUCUGGCCAUGGGUCUGAACAACCAGAAGCUGAUGGGUGUACCGAUCAUCGUUCAGCCCUCCCAGGCAGAGAAGAACCGUCUCGCCCAGAGCAACCAGACACUGCAGAAGGGCGGAGCUGGCCCCAUGAGGCUCUACGUCGGCUCACUUCACUACAACAUCACAGAGGAGAUGCUCAGGGGUAUCUUUGAACCAUUUGGAAAGAUUGACAACAUACAGUUGAUGAUGGACAGCGAAACUCAUCGUUCCAAAGGAUAUGGCUUCAUUACGUUCCACGAUGCCGAUGAUGCCAAGAGAGCCCUCGACCAGCUGAAUGGCUUUGAGCUUGCUGGCCGCCCAAUGAAAGUAAACCAUGUAACGGAGAGAUCUGAAAAUGCCCAGGCGGCGUCCAUGCUAGACAACGACGAGCUGGAGAGGACGGGUAUCGAGCUGACCACCACAGGUCGGCUGCAACUCAUGGCUCGGCUGGCUGAAGGGACUGGUUUCCAGCUUCCCAAUGCCGUAGUAGAAGCUCUCAAUCCCCUGGGGCAGGUCCCCAUCGGGCCAGCUGGAGGCGCUGCUGCCCCUGGGGCUGGUGGACAAGGGGGGCUGGCCACUGUCAGCCAGGCUACACUGCAUGCACAGCUAGCAGCAGCCCAGCAGCAAGCCGCUGCUCUGGCUCAUCAAGUCACACCAGCAUUACAACAACCUACUAUGGCUGCAGCACCCGCUGAGCAGCAAACCAACCCACCUUGCUUCAUGUUGUCCAAUAUGUUUGAUCCCACAACCGAAACCGUAUCUACUUGGGAAACUGAGAUCCGAGAUGACGUGAUCGAAGAGUGUAACAAACACGGUGGGGUCCUACACAUCCAUGUUGAUCGUACAUCUCCACAGGGUAACUGCUACGUGAAAUGUCCCAAUCCUCAGGUUGCCAUAGCAGCGGUCAACAGUCUCCACGGGCGAUGGUUUGCAGGCAAAAUGAUCACAGCAGCAUUUGUCCCCCUCGCCAAUUACCACGCCAUCUUUCCAGAUUCAAGCCUCACCACGACGCUACUGCAACCCUCGUUGAAAGGUUUAUAGAAAUCUAUCACAGCGUGUUCUGUGUCCUUCAUUGCAUUGGAUCCAGAUGUGACAGAAUUUUCCAACAAUUGUGUACAAAUAUAAGAAGAACUUUUUAUUAGCCGUGGGCUUAGUUUUGUCCUGUGUGGUCUCUGUGUGGAUUACAUUUUUUUUUUAAAUGUUCAAGACUAUUCUCCAUCCAAAUCUACACAAAAGUGUUGUCUCUUUCUUUCUGGCUGGGAUUUCAUUUAGAGUUAAUUGUGAGUGUUUUUAAAAUAGUGCAGACCUGAUGCUUGUUUUUGAAAGGGCAAGGGUGGGGCGCAUUUGUUUUCUUUGGUAAAGUGCACCUCUACAAGUAAAUUGUAAAUUUCUGUUGGGUUAUUUAAGGGGCACCGGAGGCCAUAACCUCUCUUGCCUCUAUGAAGUAUCGGGCCUGAUAAUGCAUUUUUGUUAAUGAAUAUUCAAUACAGGUAUGAUAUUUUUAUGUUUGGUUUGUUAUGUGUAUUGAAUGAACUUUCGUUUCUCUCCAUCUUGUUUUUCGGUCAAAGACAAUGAAUAUGUGUAAAAUAAAUUGAACAGUUAAUAUUUUAAUAGUCACAACAUGAUUUCAUGUUUUCAUGUGUUUUCUUUCUGGACGGCAUGAUGAACGUUCAUUCACAAAACGAAGAGUGUUAUUUUCUAUUGUGUACGCAAGUUUUCACAAAAUCAGCUUGAUUGUUUAAUUGGCAAACAUUUUUAAAGCAUUUCCAUUUCUAGGUAUUUGACUGAAAAUUCUGCCCUCAAUGUAAUAAUUUGUCAUGAAUAGUUUUGGUUUAAUUCUUCUUCUUUGUUUUGUAAAUUUAAUCCUGCCACGAUUGGAGUGUAAAUAUUAAAGGAGAGAGUGAAAGUGUACAAAGUUAAACGAAGGGUAAUAAAGGUUUCAUUAAUUAAAAAGCAAAACAAAAAGGCAAGCCAUACUUUUGAUAUAUUUUUUAACGGUGUUAAACGUUUUGGUCGGAUUAGUAUUUAGGUGGUUUGUUUCCAGGCAUGGGGUUUCAUUCAUGUGAUGUGUUUGGAGAAAGGAAACUUUUUGGAGAAAGGGACAAUCUAGUCGGAAGAUCAGAAAGUGUAUUAAUUGACCCUCAUACUGUUGGUCCAUUUAACAUCAUCCACUUUAAGUGCGUUCGAUUAGCGUCCCUGGGUAGACCUCGCGUUGCUCACUUUGGUGAGCCCCUGAGCUAAUUGAACGAUCACUCACCCACUCAUGGUGACGUCGUGCACCUCGGGCCAGCCCCAAGUGACUCAAUCCACAAGCAGGGCACUUGGAAUGACAUCAAAGCUGUUUGAACGUAGAUCGGGGACGACCCAGGGAAGCUAGUCGAAUGCAUGUUUGUGAAUAAUGAACAGUAUAAUUAUGCCAGCCUGCUUGUUGUAAAUGCAUCUACACAGUACACACGCAAGCUUGCAGCUGUCGGGGGCCCUGCUCUACGGGUUAAACUAGUAAUAUAUAGUGGUCCUAAUAUGGCAAACUAUUUGUGAUUCGCAUGAUUUGUUGACAGAUGUACAUGUGUUGUACAUCAAAAGUUACGUGUGGCACAAAUUGUAUUCUUCACAAAACUGUUUGGGAAUGAACCCAAAGCUUCUUGACUGGUUAGCAAGACUUGUAACCUCAAACGUAGGGAUUGUGGCACUGCAGGCAUGUAUUGGCUUUUAGGGUCUAUAGUGGAGUAAUUUUGUGUCAUCACUUGAAUUGAGCUUUGAGUUUAGCAGUGUUAACAUUAAUGGUAUUAUGCAGGUUGACUUGGCAAUGUAAAAAAUGUGUUGUAUUAUAUAAAACAAUUGUAGCAUUGAACUUUAUCUCAGGUCACAACACAAUCAACAGCUGUUUCAUGUACACAUAGAUAGUGUCAACUGCUAUUUCAUGAGCGUGUGAAUAUAUACUUUGAUAAUUGUGGGGCAUUGGAUCAGUUAAUAUCUUGCUGAAUUCUGGAAAAUAAACUUGUACAUUGAAAACAAA